CCAACCAACCAACCAACGAAGAAGCCUCUUGAGAUUUCCCAAGAUCAAAUCUAAAAACCCUUAGUAAGUAAGUUUGGUCAAAUUUAGUUCUGAAAAAAAAUCAUCGAUUCGGGGGGGGGUUCUAUUAUCGUAUUUCUAGAAUAUUCUCGUACCGUAACGUUUCACUGAUGCGCAGUUUCUGAAUCGUUCGAUGCUUUGCCUCUGUAGCUGACUAUUCAAGCUUAUGGCAUCGAGAAGAAUUAACAGCGAGCUUAGGGACCUGCAAAAGGACCCUCCACUGUCUUGCAGUGCCGGUCCUGUGGGUGAUGAUAUGUACCACUGGCAAGCAACUAUCAUGGGUCCAACUGAUAGCCCAUUCACCGGUGGUGUAUUUCUUGUUUCCAUUCACUUCCCUCCAGAUUACCCCUUCAAGCCACCAAAGGUUUCUUUCCGCACCAAGGUCUAUCACCCGAAUGUCAACAGUAAUGGCAGCAUCUGUCUUGACAUUCUGAAAGAGCAGUGGAGCCCUGCUCUUACCAUAUCCAAGGUUCUUCUGUCGAUAUGCUCAUUGCUGACAGAUCCAAACCCUGAUGAUCCUCUGGUUCCAGAGAUAGCUAACAUCUACAAGUCAGACCGUACCAAGUACGAGAACACUGCCCGAUCCUGGACCCAGAAGUAUGCAAUGGGAUGAUAUGAUGGUUGGCAAUAAUGAUCCGCACCAGUAAAUUGCGCAUUUGUCUAAGAAUUGGGGAAAUAAGAAAAACCUGGAUUUGGCUUUUGCUUGGCUGCUUGAUUUAAUUAGUUUUAUUAUCUUCUUAUUAAGCCAUGUGUACAUGAGCGCUAUUUAAGCCUUAUUGAACAUUUGAUGUCUUUCUUUUAAUCCAGUAAUUGGCUAUUAUAACGA